GCGGGCGGGCCGGGCGGAAGGCGGCACCGCCCCGCGGCAUGGCGGCGGGCGGGCGGCGGCGGCAGCUCCCGGCCUGGAUGGGGGCGGCGGGGGACGAGCGGGCGGCGGCCCCGUCCCCCAGGCCCGGGCGGCGGCGGGCGGCGGGGCGCAGGCCCGCGGCGCUGUACUGCAUGAACGAGGCGGAGCUGGUGGAGGCGGCCCUGGCGGUCCUGGCCGAGAACCUGCAGUGCGAGGAAAAUGAGGAGAAGGCCCGGUCCCGCAGCGAAGAGGAGCAGGAGCUCCCGCCCACACCGAACGAGGCUCCUGGAAGCACGGCCAGCUCGGAUGGAGGCGGUGGCCGCGGUCCGGCGCUUCCGUCCCCUCCUGGCGCUGGUGCUGUCGCAGAGAGGACAGGCGGGGAGGACUCUGAGGACGAUGCCCUGAAAUACGUCAGGGAGAUCUUUUUCAGCUAACAUCUCUUCUCUUGGCUUCCCAGGAGAAGAGGGCACAGUGGAGAGGGUGUUUCCUCCCGCGGCCCCGGUGGGAGGAGGGCCUGGAAGGCUGUGCAUCCCUCUGCUGUGGUGGUGCCCUGUGUAGGAUACCCAUGGAGGGCAGAGGGGGAAGGAGCUACUCCCACUCUAUGCUGAGCUCAGUGCGAUUUGGCUUCAGAUUGGGAUGUGUUAGUUUGUUUCACAUUUCAAAGCAUGGACAGAUUAAAGGAGGACAUUCGGA